CAGUGGAGGGAUUGGCAGAGAGGGGUGGCAGACACUGAAUGGAGGCCAGUGGAGGGAUUGGCAGAGAGGGGCCAGUGGAGGGAUUGGCAGAGAGGGGUGGCAGACACUGAAUGGAGGCCAGUGGAGGGAUUGGCAGAGAGGGGUGGCAGGACACUGAGUGGAGGCCAGUGGAGGGAUUGGCAGAGAGGGGUGGAGGACACUGAAUGGAGGCCAGUGGAGGAAUUGGCAGAGAGGGGUGGAGGACACUCUACAGUUGGUAAGGUGGAUGAGUCUGGCAGCUUCAUUCAUGAUGGACUGGAGGGGGGAUGGCCAAUGUAAAGGUAAGCCAAUGAGGAGGGAGUUGCAGUAGUCAAGGUGAGAGAUAACCAGGGAGUGAAUUAGAAGCUGUGUGGUGUCAUUGAUUAGGAAGAGGCAUAUUCUGGAGAUAUUGUGGAGGCUGGGGUGGCAAGAUUUGGACAGGGAUUGGAUAUGGGGCCAGAAAGAGAGUUCAGAGUCCAG